UAUGGCUUUGCAGAAUAUCGGUGCUUCAAACAGCGAUGAUGCCUUUUAUAGGUACAAGAUGCCUAAGAUGAUAACAAAAAUUGAAGGUCGUGGCAAUGGCAUCAAGACUAACAUUGUGAACAUGGUUGAUAUUGCUAAAGCACUGGCUAGGCCUGCUUCUUAUACAACAAAAUAUUUUGGAUGUGAGUUGGGGGCACAGUCUAAAUUUGAUGAUAAGACAGGGGUUUCUUUGGUUAAUGGGGCCCAUGAUACUGCUAAGCUUGCUGGUCUGCUUGAGAAUUUUAUUAAGAAGUAUGUGCAAUGCUAUGGUUGUGGCAACCCUGAGACAGAGAUUAUUAUCACCAAGACCCAGAUGUUAACCCUAAAAUGUGCAGCCUGUGGAUUUGUGUCUGAUGUUGAUAUGAGGGACAAGCUGACCACCUUUAUUCUGAAGAACCCACCUGAGCAGAAGAAGGGAGCAAAGGAGAAGAAGGGAAUGAGGAGGGCUGAAAAGGAGAGGAUGAAAGAAGGCGACACUGCUGAUGAGGAACAGAAGAAGCUGAAGAAGGAAGCAAAGAAGAAAGGAGUCACCUCUACCAAGGAAGUAACCUCUUCAAAGGCUACCGCUGCUAAGAAGAAAGCUGGAGGUGGCUCUGAUGAGGAUUGUUCAGCUUCCCCUCUUGGCAGUCGAAAUGUUGCUGCCAAUGCUGCUGCUGAUGAUGACGAUGUCCAGUGGCAGACAGAUACCUCAUUGGAGGCAGCUCAACAGCGUAUCCAGGAACAGCUGAGUUCUGUGACAGCUGAGAUGGUAAUGCUCUCAACCAGUGAGUCCAUCCCAGAGAAGAAAACAGAAAAAGUAAACAAGGGAGUUACCAAUGGCAGUGUGAAACACGAGGAGAAAAAUGGUGCAGGCCAAAAUGCUGUCCUAUCCAACAGUUAUGACACAUUGCUAGGGAAGAUCAGAAACAAUUUGAACAAGGGAUCUACCCCCAGCCAGCUGCAGACUUUUCUGGGUUCUCUGACUGCAUCUCGUCCGGAGGUUAUGGCUGCUCUCUUUGAAGCUCUCUUUGAGGGAGUGGGGAAAGGGUUUUCCAAGGAGGUUGGGAAGAAAAAGAAGUACAUUGCUGCUGCUGUCCAUGGUGAAGACUCCCAGGUGCUUCUGCUCCAUGCUAUCGAAGCCUAUUGUGGCAAGUGUAGCCCAGAAGCUGUGAAAGAAGUUGCCCUUGUUGUGAAAGUACUUUACGAUGAUGACAUCCUGGAAGAAGAGACCAUAAUUAAGUGGUAUGAAGAAGGUACUGCAGGUGGCAAGAACUCUCAGGUAUUCAAAAAUGUGAAGCCCUUUGUGGAGUGGCUUCAGAGUGCAGAGUCUGAAUCCGAUGAAGAGUGACAACAUGCAUUUUUCAUUUGCGUUUGCUGUGGCUGUCAUCAUAGCAAGUCAUAUAAGUCUGAAUGUUUCAGAGUCGUAUGUGAAGGGCUCAUCUACCAAGCCCUCGUCGGUUUGAGUUGGUCUGUGUGAUGGUCAUAUCGUCGCUGUGCAAUAAGCUUGAUUGGUGUCCAAGCAGCGGAAAACAACUUAGUUGUAAUAAGUUUGGUUCAGUCAUUUGGAUUCUUUUA